AUGGAUAUCCUCAAGGUUCUAUCGCGCGGAACCAAAAAGACCCAAAGGGGAAAUCAAAAUGCCUCCAAUGCCCAGCAAAAGCUUCCCUCUGCCGGCACCACCACGAACCCCCAGCUCUACCAUGAUCAAGUCCGCGGCCAGAAGCGGAAGCGAACCAAGAAUGAACCUGAGACCGAAGCUCACGUCGAGCUCCCCGAGGUCGAUUUCUUCGCUCCCAAACCCGAGCCUGUCGCCGAAGCCGUAGUCGAGACGGAGGAGCCUGUUCAAGCGCCGAAACCUACACGCCCAUCGCGACUAUUGAGUGAGGACGAGUGCCGCCAGUUGCUGCGAUCGCAUCGAUUGAAGAUCACACUACUGUCGAAGCCCGAGGAUCAAUCCAAGGUCAAGAAGAGCAAGAAAAAGAAGAAGGCAGCCGUCGAGGUGAAGAAGGAAAGCAAAAAGCAGCUCUUCCCGCAACCUCUGGAUUCUUUUGGCGAGCUUCGCAAUGCCUACGGUCUCAACGACAAGGUUGCCGACAACCUCGUCUUUCAGGGAUACCGAGUCCCUACUGAGGUCCAGAUGGGCAGUCUGCCUCUUCUCGUGCACCCCCAAGCCGCCCUGAAGGACGAGGAUGGACUGGAGGGAGGUGUCGACUUUCUCGCCAUCGCUCCUACAGGAAGUGGAAAGACCAUUAGUUUCCUGGUUCCUGCCAUCAACAACAUCUUGCGCAGACGUGCGCAAGAAAAGCUCGUCGAUAUCCAUGAACUCGAGGCGGUCAUUGUUGCCCCAACCCGAGAACUGGUGCACCAGAUUGUUAGCGAGGGACAAAAGAUUGCUCAUAAAACAGGACUCAGGGUCGUUUCCAUGAAGAAGCAUACACAUCUAUCGGCUGAGCAGGUGGAAAUGGCAGAGGACAGUUCUGAAGACGAAGGAGACAAAGAAUCAGAAUCUGAGGAUGAGGAUGAGAAGCCUACAAAUGACAAGCCCGCAGAUCACAAGCCCAAGCAGAUCACAAAGGCUGAUAUCCUAGUCACCACGCCAUUCCUCCUCCUCAAGUUCCUCACCUCAGGCCCCCCUAACACACAAAAGGUUCUGCCUACUGUGCGAGAUCUGAUAUUGGAUGAGGCAGAUAUUCUGCUCGAUCCCCUAUUCAAGGACGCCAUGAUGGCCGACUGGACAGCAUGCACAAACCCCCACCUGCGGGUAUCAUUUUGGUCCGCUACUAUGGGCUCAAACAUCGAGUCCAUGGUCACAGAGAAGUUGACUUCAAGAGCGCAGGCGCUGGAUAUCACACCGAAGCCCUUUGUGCGACUGGUCGUCGGUCUCAAGGACACAGCCGUGCCCAACAUCGCCCACAAGCUUGUAUACACCGCAAGCGAGCAAGGUAAACUGCUCGCUUUGCGCCAACUGCUACAUCCUACUGCCAGCGAUGACUCUGGUCCUCCUCUACGACCCCCUUUCCUAGUAUUUACACAAACCAUUGAUCGAGCAACCGCUUUGAACGAAGAGCUGCAGUAUGAUAUCCCUCUCGAGGCUGGUGGCUCAGCGAGAAUCGCCGCCCUGCAUAGUGGUCUUACCGAUUCUGCUCGCUCCUCCAUCAUGCGCAAGUUCCGCGCCGGAGAGAUUUGGGUCCUGAUUACAACAGAUGUGCUAGCACGAGGUGUGGACUUUGCCGGUGUCAACGGUGUCGUAAAUUACGAUGUACCCGGCUCCAGCGCUGGCUACGUUCAUCGCGCCGGUCGAACAGGUCGUGCCGGUCGCGAGGGUGGUGUCGCAGUCACAUUCUACACCAAGGAGGACAUCCCCUUCGUCAAGAUGGUAGCCAACGUCAUCGCUGUAAGCGAGAAGCAAGCUGGAAAGAAGGGUGACGAAUCUAGUGUGCAAAAGUGGCUCCUCGACGCGCUGCCUAACGUCGGCAAGGCAGACCGCAAGAAGCUCAAGGAGCGAGGUGUGGAGGCUCGCCGAAGCGGCAACAAGGCCCAGAUCACGUCCAAGAGCGGCUACGAGAGACGCAAGGAGAACAACCGCCUCGGUGCUAUCGAAGGAAGUAAAAAGAGAAAGCUGCUGGCGAAUGAUGAUAGUGGUGAUGAUGGAGAGUGGGGUGGCUUCGAAGAUUAA